AUGUAAUAAAGAGAAAUGAGUGAAGAAGUAAGGAAUGCCAAUCCUUACAGUAGAUUGAUGGCAUUGAAGCGUAUGGGAAUAGUUGAAAAUUAUCAAUAAAUAAAAGAGUUUACAGUUUUGGUUGUUGGUGUAGGUGGAGUAGGAUCAGUUUUAUGUGAAUUGUUAACACGUUGUGGAAUCGGAAAAUUGAUUAUGUAUGAUUAUGAUAAAGUAGAAUUAGCAAAUAUGAAUAGGUAAUGUUGUUAUUAAAAUUUAUAGACAUUUAAUUGAUGCUUCCUGGCGAAACUGCAUGUUUUGCAUAUGCCGUCUCUGUUGCUGUUGUUGAAGAUAAUGAAAAAUAAAAAAAAGAGAAGGUGUGUGCAGCAUCAUCACCAACAACUAUGGGCAUUACUGCUCUUAGAAUACUCUUAAGUAUUUAUUAGGUUUUGGAUAAACCACAUUUUUCCUUGGUUAUAAUGCUUUAGCUGACUUUUUUUUAAAAUAUGCUAUUAUGCCUAAUCCUGAAUGUAAAGAUCAUAAUUGUUUGAAAAGAUAAAACCUUAAUUCAGAGAAAUUACGAUUAAAUAAAUUAUAAAAAAGAAAAGAACAAUCUCAACAGAAAUAAUAAAUUGUUCAUACUGAAAAUGAAUGGGGAAUAGAGGUUGUACCUGACGAUAUCUCAAUUAAUGAAACACAAAUUUAAUAAUAAUUAUUAAAUUAAUAACCCUAAUAGGAAUCAUAAUAAUAAUAAACCAAUAAUACAAAUAAAGAUAAUAACUAUUUAGAAAAUUUAAUGAAUCAAUUAAAGAGUUUACAAUGA